UAUUUAUUUAUUUUUUUUUCUGGGGAAAAACUUGACAUGAGAAAGAGAAAUUUAGGGUUCUUGCCAUUUUCUCCAGUUAAAGAGUUUUAAGCCUCUUCCUCGGACAUGGUUGGAGCCUCGAUUUCGGCAUCUUCGGGAGAAAGAGCUGGUUCCAGCAGUGCUUCUUACAUGGUUGGAGCCUCGAUUUCGGCAUCUUCGGGCGAAAGAGCUGACAUGGUUGGAGCCUCGAGUCCGGCUUCUACAGGCGAAAGAGCUGGUUACAGAGCUGGUUACAGCAGUGCUUCUGACAUGGCCGGAGCCUCGAGUCCGGCGUCGUCAGGCCAAAGAAGUGAUUCCAGCAGUACUAGUGUCUUACGAAAGAGACAAACUUCUUCUUCGGUAUCUCCCACUCAUGGAGCGAGGAAACGCUCGAAGAUGGAGAUGGAUCUUGAGGUUCUUGAGUGUCCCAUUUGCUUCGAAACAUUGACGAUUCCCAUCUUCCAGUGUGAUAAUGGACAUUUAGCUUGUUCCUUUUGCUGUCCAAAACUGAGUAACAAAUGCCCAUCUUGUGCUUUGCCUAUUGGCCGCAUUCGAUGCAGAGCAAUGGAGAGUGUGCUUAGAUCAAUCUCUAUUCCAUGCCCAAACGCCAAGUUUGGCUGCACUGAUAAUGUCUCUUAUGGGUUAGAAUCAACUCAUGUAAAGGAAUGCAUCUUCUCUCAAUGCUCAUGCCCUGCGUUGGACUGCGAUUACACUGGCUCAUACGAAGCUCUAUGGGAGCACUACUGUUAUGAUUUCUGUCCCGCUCCCUCAUAUGAAUCCUUCACAUAUCAUGUAUCCUCUACUGUUCGGAUGAACAUCAGUGAUAAGAUAAAAAUCAAAGCGGAUUAUACAAAGGGAUUAUUCUUUGCAGUGCAGUGUUUUAGGGAGCCGAACGGUGUGCGUGUAACUGUAAGCUGCAUUGCACCAUCUUCUCCAAAAGUAGGAAAGUUCUCAUAUCAUCUCUCCUACACUGUUGAUGGGGACACUAUGACUUACGAAUCACCAGACAUGAAGAGGAUUCUUAAAGUGAGUUUUCAAACCCCUCUAAAGAAAUUAUGUUGAUCCCUCACUCUUCAUUGUGUGGUGAAAUGUUGGAGAUGAAGCUUACCAUCAAGAAGGUCUAUCAAGUGUAACAAAAUAUGUUUGAUAGGGAAAUUAAGAGAUCUUGCAGUUGCGUGGCUCGGCUUAUUUUUUCUGUUUAUUAUCUAUUAAUUGGAGAAUCUAUGUAAAGCCCUUUCCAAUUGUCUUAAUUUAACGACGUUGCUUCUUUGUGUUGGUACAAAUUUUGUUAUAUGACCAGAUCCACCAACAAAACUUGAGCAGUUUUUGUAUAACUCAGGAGACUACAAUGAGUUCUCUUUUGGCCAAGAUUUGUGUUUUGCAUU